ACCUAGUUUUUCAGCAUUUAAGUUGGAAGCAUGAUAAACAAAUUGAAAUUUAAUAAUAAGAAAAAUUUCAAAUCACCGAGAAUAUCUAACGAAGAUAUUCUUGAGGAAUAUGAAGAACCAAAAAAAUGGUUCGAUGAGAUCCAGCAGGAUGAAAAAAAUUUCAGUAAGUCCUCUGAACAAGAACUGAUUCAGUUGAAAGAUGAAGCAAAAAAGUGCCAUGAUUCGGAAGUCGCCAAUUACAACAUUAAAAACUCAAAAACGAACGCAAACUACCAAUGGAUGAAGACUGUAAUGGCAAAAGGAACUAUAUCGGAUAAAAUAGCUGCUCAUACAGUUUCAAUCCAAGACAAUCCAUUGUGUAAUUUAGAGACGAUAAGGAAUCUUGUUGGCAUGGUUAAAGUUGGGAAGAAGAAAGAAUGUACAACUGUAAUAGAAAUCUUAACGGAACUAUUUUUAUCUGAUCUUUUAAGGCCAGAUCAAAAACUAAGAGCUUUCCAUCAAAGACCCCUCUCCAAAUUAAACGAGAUGUCAUCUGGCAACGCCGUAACCAGAAGAAAGUUGUUGAGUCUUUGGUACUUUGAGGAUCAACUGAAGGAACUUUACGCAUCUUAUGUGCUUGCCUUAAACUCCGCCGCACAUGACAGUGUAGAAAACAAUAAAGAAAAAGCUAUCACUGCUAUGUAUAAAUUGUUAGCUGGUAAUCCAGAACAGGAAAAAAACUUAUUAUCGUACGUUGUCAACAAACUUGGAGACCCUUCGCAGAAAGUGGCGUCCAAAGUGAUAUACUGCCUAACGCAACUCCUUUUCAAACACACAAAUAUGCAGGGUGUCGUACUGAACGAGAUAGAGAAGUUAAUGUUUAGGCCCAACAUCUCUAGUAGAGCUCAAUACUACAGUUUGUGCUUUUUAUCGCAGUUUUAUUUGAGCCACGAAGCUAGUGAUGUGGCAAGGAAGCUAAUAGAAGUAUAUUUUUCGUUUUUCAAAGCUUGUAUUAAAAAGGGCGAUGUAGACAGUAGGAUGAUGUCUGCACUUCUGAUGGGCCUCAACAGGGCCUAUCCCUACGCCAAGAUCGAGUUUGAAAAAAUCUCUGAACAUAUAGACACGAUGUAUAGAUUAGUGCACUUAGCGAACUUCAAUAUAAGUUUACACACCCUUACGUUGUUGUAUCAGGUGUCGGAUUUUGGAAAUAAUAUAACGGACAGGUUUUAUUCCGCUUUGUAUAGAAAGCUAGCCGAUCCGAGGUUGCUAUCGACGACGCACCAGGCCAUGUUAUUAAACCUUAUAUACAAAACCCUGCUGAAAGAUACGGAACUAAAUAGAGUAAAGAUGUUUAUCAAAAGGUUACUGCAGAUAUCUCUGUUUACACAACCGUGCUUUUCCUGUGGUUUGUUGUACUUGGUGUCACAGAUAAUCACUAAAAAGAAAUCCGUACAAGCCCUCGUCCUUAAAGCAACUUCUAUCGAUGGUUUGGAAGACGACGACGACGAGGAAAGGUACUGUGACGUUAAAGACGAAACUACUGUCGGCGUUGACGAAGUGGAAGAAAUAAAACAGGAAGACGAAGAUGUCGAGAUUAAGGAAGAAGAUGUGAACGAUAAGGAGGGGAAAAGUGAGAUUGUAGUGGAUCCAAAUGCAAUCGAAAUAAAAGAAGAAGAAGAAGAUGUUAAACCAGACAAGGAACUACUAGAUGCAUCGUUAACUGCAACAGGUAGCUGGUACCACUGCCGAAACACGAUAAAAAAGGAAAAAUCUCGGUCCGCGAUUACCUACAGGCCUCUUUCAAGGAACCCCUUGUACGGUGGCGGCGAAUUUUGUGCCUACACGGAACUCUAUAGGCUCAAAGAUCACUUUCACCCAACCGUAAAAUUGUAUGCUACCAAUAUUAUAAACGGUGAAUCGAUCAAAUAUUCGGGAGAUCCUAUUAAAGAUUUUACUCUAAUAAGAUUUUUGGAUAGAUUUGUGUUCAAAAAUCCGAAGAAGAUCGACGAGAAGCCUGGGUCACACCCUACGUUUGGCAUUAGGAAAUUAUACAAGCCCAAAGGGGUGAAAAUGUUAUCUGUUAAUUCCGCGGGAUACUUAAAGGAGAGCCAGCAGAACAUUCCGGUAGACGAACUUUUUAUGUACUCUUAUCUACAGAACAAAUAUCGAGAAAAAGAGCCAAAUGAGGAGGACAGUGAUUUAGAAUCUGUACAAAGCGACGAAUUUGAGGAAAUGCUAGAUAAAAUGUCGGGUAUUAAAGAUGUAGAUGAGGAUAUUGACUAUAUGGAUGAGAUCGGUGAUACUUUGAAGUCUGAUAAAACAAAAGGAAAAGACAAAGAAGACCAAGAUGAAGAAGAUUUAUCUGAUGAUGGAGAUAUGGAAGAAGGUUUCGAUGAUUUAGAAGACGAUGAUGAUGAACUGUCCGAUAUGGACGACGACGACAAAGAUCUUAUUGGCGACUUGGAAGAUGACGACGAGGAAGACAUAGAUUUCAUCGAGGAUGAUAAUAAGCCUAAUAAAGGCAAGAAAAAUAAAUACAAAGACAAGGACAAUGUUAUGUCAUUGUUUGCUUCUGCUGAGGAAUUCGCAACGCUUUUGGACGAUGAAGGUAGCUCUAAAAUUAAACCGGGUAGUUCCAAUGUUUACGCUAACAAAGAUAAUGCAAAUGUAAAACAACUGGCCUGGGAAGAUAAGAGGAACCGGUGGUUGAAAGGUUUCAACAAGGCAGUAGGAGCAAGUGGUGGGAAGAAAUUUGAUGGUAAUAAAAACAUCGGAAAGAAAAGGCCAAACCAAAACAAAUCUGCAAAUAAGAAGAAAAAGAUGAAAAAAAUAAAGUGAAUG